CCCAACCCAACUCAAACACAUUGAUGUUGCCGAACAGUGGGGGUUCAAUGCAACAACAGUGGGACAGGUGGAGGUGGCCAAGGACCCAUUUACAGGGACGCCGCUUUUCAUGGGAAUUCCCAUGCUCAGCAGCAGCCCCAUCCGGGGAAUCCUUGACGACAUGGAGAGGUUCAAAUUUCUGGACAGUCAAAGCCUGGCUUUGAGUCGGUACAGCAUCAUGAUGGUUGAGGAAAAGUAUCUGGAGUUGUUUGGGAUAGGAAAUCCAAGCAAGAUAUUCAGGGAUCUAUUCCACUCAAUGCGCCGGUUCUUAUUUGAACCGGGAAACCAGUACAUUAGCCACCAGCUCUGGUGGGACAGUACAUUUAAACGACAGGCUAACUGGGAUGCUGCUCCCAGGUUUAUGCAUCUCCAGGCAAUUGAGCUCCUCAAAGAGGAUAGUGGCCAGCUUAAGCGACCAGCUGAGGACGAGAUCAAUGCUGGGUCAUUCAAGAAGCUAGCACUUUAGGUUUUUUUGUUUUUAAUAAAUCUCUUUACGACCCAAAAAA